GGUUCCACUUCCAUUGCUCAGGGACAUCAUGGACCGCCUGGUGCCUCUGCUGCUCGGGGUCGCUCUGGUGACCCCAGGCCUGGCCGAGGUCAUCUCGAGACGCACCUGUGGAGAAGUUGCUGGGGACUUCUACCAGUUCUCAGCCAAGACCCUUAACGGUUCAAACCUCAUUGAGUUCGAGGAAUACCGAGGGAAGGUGGUGCUGGUUGCCAAUGUCGCGACUUACUGAGGUCUCACCAUCCCCUCAUACAACCAAAUGAAUGCACUUGCUGAGUAUUAUGAGGGCCAAGAUCUCGUCAUACUCGGUUUCCCUUGCAACCAGUUCGGUUUGCAAGAGCCGGGAGCCACUGCCGACGAGCUCCUGAAUGGCGUCCGUUACGUCCGUCCGGGUGGCGGCUUCGAGACCCGGAUGACGGUGUUCCAGAAGACGCAGGUCAACGGCGACAACGAGGACCCCAUCUUCACGUUCUUGAAGAGCGGCUGUGAAUACACAGACACAGACUUCGAGUCGGGUCUGUACUACGAGCCCCUAAGGGUCGGAGAUCUUCACUGGAACUUCGAGAAAUUCCUCCUCAACAGGGAAGGAAAACCCGUCUACAGGUACCACCCUUCCGUCAUCGACCCCGAGGACCUGAAGGCGGACAUCAACGCCCUUCUUAAUGCUUAGAAGAAGAAGGACCUGUGAACUCUAGGCCUAUAAGGGAAAGCCCUCGUCUCCUGACCUCGAAGCCACGCCCACGACUGCCCUGACGUAUGACCACGCCGCCCUAAACCUUCGGGAGGGCGGCGUGUGAGGGUGGGGCGAGAGGUGGGCGGGCUCUUGUGCAUUCUGCUCGCCCGUCUCUGUCCCGUGGGGGGUUGUGGGCGUGGUUUUGGGCGUGGGGGCGGGGCUUGGACAUCUACCUCGGUGCCGAUCAACGAAACUGAUUUUGUAAGCACGUUAAUAAAUUGAUAUUUCAUGA